AUGCACGGCAUGGAGAAAACCCUCACAGAGCUUCAUCGGAUGUUGAAGCAGGCCGAGCAAACGCUCAAGGAUGAGGGGAAGCAUGACAUGCUUAUGGUAAAGAAGGGAAAUCCAUUCAAGCGAUCAGUCAAGAAGAAGGGCUACAAGGGGAAGGGCAAGAAGACCUUUUCGCCUAAGCCAAAAGCUACCAAAGGCGACAAGCAAAAGAAGGUAGCUUCUUCUCCGUCCAACUCCGAAUGCUUCUACUGCAAGAAGAAGGGGCAUUGGAAACAAGACUGCCUCAAGCUUAAGGAGGAUAAGAAGAACAACAAUGUUGCUUCUUAUUCAGACUUGUUCUAG